UUACCUGUUUGGAAUACAAAACUGGGAGCAGAAUGCUUGCUGGAUUUCAUUUACUGGUUUCGAUGUCCUGUGGCCUGAUUAGCAAAGAACGUGGGAGACACUCUAGCUACGGAAUGGAGGUGGUGACCCUUGAGGAUGUGGUUGUGAACUUCAGCAAUGAGGAGUGGACUUUGCUGAGUCCAUCCCAAAAGAACCUCUACAGAGAUGUGAUGGGUGAAACCUUUAGGAACAUGGCUGCAAUAGGAGGACUUGGGGAUAUCCAGGAAGCUGAAAAACAAUGCAAGAUUUACUGGAGAUACUUAAGAAAUGAAAAGCUAGAGAAACCCUAUGGACAUACAUCUUGGAGUCAGUGUAAAGAAGUAUUCCUUGGUACUGCAGAAGGUAAUGUGAAUGUGAAAGAAGCAGAAACACACCACAAUGUUCAGAUCCAUAAAAAAUAUUGCAGUGGAGAGAAAUCCUAUGUAUGUCAGCAAUGUGGAAAAGGUUUCACCACAUCUGGACAUUGUAAGCAACAUGAAAGAAUUCACACUCAAGAGAAACCAUAUGUAUGUGAGCAAUGUGGGAAAGCUUUUAACGCACGUGCAUAUUGUAAGGUUCAUGUAAGAAUUCACACUGGAGUGAAACCAUAUGUAUGUAAGCAAUGUGGGAAAGCUUUUAACACACAGGCAGAUUGUAAAAAACAUGAAAGUAUUCACACUGGAGAAAAACCCUAUGUACAUAAGCAAUGUGGGAAAGCUUUUACCACACGGGGAGAUUUUAAGAAACAUGAAAGAAUUCACACUGGGAGAGAAACCCUAUGUAUGUAAGCAAUGUGGGAAAGGUUUUACCAUCUCUGGACAUUGUAAGCAACAUGAAAGAAAUCACACUGGCGAGAAACCAUAUGUAUGUAAGCAAUGUGGGAAAGCUUUUAACACACGGGGAGAUUGUAAGAAACAUGAAAGAAUUCACACGGGAGAGAAACCUUAUAUAUGUAAGCAAUGUGGAAAAUAUUUUACCAAUUCUGAAAAUUGUAAACAACAUGAAACAGUUCACACUGGAGAGAAACCAUAUGUAUAAGCAAUGUGGGAACGUUUUUACCUUAUAUGGACAUUGUAAACAACAUGAAAGUUCACACUCAAGAUAAAACCAGCGUAUAUAAGCAUCAUGAGAAUGGUUUGAGCACACAUACUUAUCGCAUAAUGCGUGAAAAACUUCACACUGGGCAGAAAACUUAUAUAGGUAAGGAAUGUGCGAAAGGUAUCAGCAGAAAUGCUCAUUGUCCAAUUCAUUAUAAAAUUUACACUGUUGAGAAAGCCUGUGUAUGUGAAGAAUGUGGGAAAGCUUUCACCACACAUGGAUACUGUAAAAUACAUCAAUGACUUCACACUGGUGAGAAACCCUAUGUAUAUAACAAUGUGGCAGAGGUUUUACCACAUACAGUCAUUGCAAAACACAUGAAAGAAUUCACAUUGGGAAGAACCACUGGCUAUGUAAGCAACUGGAGACACUUUUAGCAGCCAGAUUGUAAGUGAAAUACAUGAAGAAACUCACACAAGAGAUAAAUCCUAUGUGCUAUGGGAAUACUCUCAGCAUACAUGAUCAUUGUUACCUAUCUGAAAGAGCUCACUGGGCAGAGAUCCUAUGUGUAUUAACAAUGUGAGAAAUAUGGCAAUCCAUGUUUGUUGUUAAAUACAUAGAAAAAGCAUCAGUCUUCAGACAAUUUAAAUCUAAGUUUACUUUAAAAAUCCCAAGGAGACAUUAAGAGAUAACCAAUACAGAAGUUUGAUGUCAAUAUUUCUUCACAAAUUUUCCAGAAAUGACAAAUCUGAGGUGGAGCUCUACUCAAGUGCACAUGUUGUAUGGUUUUCAGUUAACCACUUGUACCUCUUUAGAUUUUUUAAAAUGUCUUUGUGCUUCAACAUGGCAUCUUGUAAUUAAGCAUGGUAAACUGAAAUGGGCUGUUAACUUUCAAGUAUGGAUAGUGUCUAUGUACUUAAUAUUUUGUCUUUAAAAUUGAAUUUUUAUAUUUUGUCGUAAAUUGUAAUGUUUAUUUAAAGAAAAAAAGCAGAAAAAAUGUAGAAAUAAUACAGAAUUUCAGAAAAAUAAGAAAUCACUAGUUGAUUAGUUACAUAUUUUCAUCUUAGAAGUAGUUGUUCAAGUUACAAAUUAAAGCAUACAAAGUGCUAUUCAAACAAUGACACUGCGAACAGUUCACCUCAAUGAUCCAACAAAGACUUAUUAAUAUGCUUACUGUCCUACAAACUUGUUUUUUUUUCUUUUCUUAAGAAGGGUAAGAUUAAACAUGAUAAAACAGAGCAGAACAGUUCAUAAGAAAACAAGUUAAGGAAACACAGAUUUCAAAGCACGUCCACUGGAGAUGUUCACUGUCUAUCUUACUGUCUCUAGUUUUCUUCCAAAUAGUUGUUCCCAUUUAGAAUGCAUUGAAUAUAUACUGAAUAUUAUAGAACUAAUCAAAUAAUUACAGGAUGAUGCAGGCUUUUUUGAUCUUCAAGACAGAUUUUGGGGAAAUCGAUAAUGACUACCAUAAUGUCUCUCAUUCUCUUCAUAGUAGCUGUCUUUAUCUUUAUGUAUGCUGAAAUUGAACAUAAGAGACUAGACUAAUAUCACUCUGAACAGUGAAUAAUAGUAUCCUGAGAAGGAGAAAGGUGAGGAAUUGCCUUAAAAAAGAA